GGGGAAGAUGCCACGUACGUGGUUCUGUUAGUUUUCCAGAUAUAUGUUUGAAACCAAGGUUUUGUUUUAUGUUUUUUGAUGGUUUCGUUAAAUCUUUUCACGCCUGGAGCUCGCCCCGCCGCCGGAGCUCCGCUGCGGCAUCGGGAUGGACCUGGUGCGGCAGUGCGCAGUGAUGAAUGUCUGCUGGUGAUUUGACGGUCCUGCCGCCGCUGGCCUUUGUGCAUCAUGGUAAACCUCUGCUGUCUCUGCUGCGGUGCAAUCCCUCAACCCCGCCCCCCGCCGUCCAACCAGCCGGGACCACCGCGGGACCCCCGCUCCCUGCAGCAGAACCAGCAGCUGGCUGGCUGCGGACCAGGUGGCGAGCAUCACAGACCUGACCAGGCAGGCGAGGAACCUCGGGCGAUGCGAGAGCGAGAGCGCAGGGAGAAGUGACGCUGCAGGAUGGUGUCCUCGGAUGUGGAGUCCGCAGAGGACCCCGGGGCCAGUGGCCCCAGCGAAGAGGAGCAGGAGCUGGAGGACUCCCCAGCCGAGAGUGAGGAGAAUGAGCAGUGUCCAGUGAAACAGUCUCUGAGCGCCUGUGUGUGUCGAGAGGCUCACUGGCGCUGCCUGCUGCUGUCGCUGCUCAUGUACAGCUGCCUGGCCACUGUGACCUGGUGCCAACUGACCAGGGUCACGAAGAUCAGCUUCAACUCUGCCCUCACCUCCACCUUCGCCGCCUCCUUCACCUCCUCCAUCCAGGGCAGCUCCGGGAUCGGGAUCGGGGGUCACUCCAUGAUCUACCACGACAGCCCUUGCUCCGAUGGUCUGGUCUACAUCCCCCUGGCCUUCCUCUUCAUCCUCUACGUCUUGUACAUGGUGGAGUGUUGGCACUGCCAGGUCCGCACCGAGCUGCAGUGCAAGUCGGAUAUAGACAGCGUUUACGAGCGCGUCCUCCGGAUGCAGCAGGCUGAACCCUGCAUUUGGUGGAAGGCUAUCAGCUACCACUUCGUCCGACGCACGCGCCAGGUCACACGCUACCGCAACGGUGACGCCUACACCACCACCCAAGUCUACCACGAGAGGGUGAACACUCACGUGGCCGAGGGGGAGUUUGACUACAGCCUGUGUGGCAUGAAGGAUGUUUCCCGUGACCUCAGAGGCCUGGAGGCUCACCCGGCGACUCGCCUGCGCUUCACCAAAUGCUUCAGCUUCACCGAGGCGGGACCUGAGAACAAUUACCUCAACCAGCGAGCCAGAUUCUUUUCCGAAAUCGAAGGUUUGGAUGACUACAUGGAGGCCAGGGAGGGGAUGCAGCUGAAGAACGUGGACUUCAGGGAGAACCUUAUUGCUUAUGCAAACCCGGACCGGAUGCCGUGGUACAACUCCCAGCUGGCCUUCUGGCUGGCUGCGCUCUUCAUGCUCUCUUGGCCGCUCAGGGUGCUGAUCGAGUAUCGCACGGCGUACGUGCACUACCGCGUGGAGAAGCUGUUUGGGCUGGAGUACAGCCCCUCCCACGUGGACGAUGACAUGGGCACCAGAGGCUGUAACAUCCCCAGAGUGGACACCCUUGACAGCACUGAGAUCGAGUGGCACAUUCGCUGCAACCACCAGGUGAUUCCCAGCUACUCGGAAGCCAUGCUGAUCAACGGAGGCACCCCGGAGUCCAACUCUUUAGAAACUGACAAUUCAACCGCCAACUGCUACCUUCUAGACAGGAGCCCCACCACUCAGAGUUACGGAGCUCUUCAGAGUCAGGAGGAACAGCAGGAAGAACCGAGCAGACCGGAGAGCCUGCUGGGUCGGAGGAGGACCAUCACCAGCUCCAGCUGUUCCUCCAUCUUCUCCUGCCGAGGAGCUUUGUUCCGCUCCCGACUCUCCUCAGACGCGUCGCGCUUCUCCCUCUGCCGCAUGUACGGCUCCCAUCGCACCAUGGCUCUGUGGAGGAGCCGCAGCAGCAAUUUGACCGAGCCCUGCUGCUGCUCCGACUCCAGCCAGCUGGCUCUCAGCGAAAGCCCGCCCACUUACCGGGACGCCCGGUUCUUCCCGGUGCUCAUAGUGCACCGGCCUGAGGGCUGCGGCGCCGAGAGUGGGAGGAGCGGACGCCAUUACCUCAUACGCCGAGAGUCGUCCUGCGUUGAGACAGCUCUAUGAGGAACCACACAAAUCAGAUCAUGGAGUCGGAUUAUGGAUCAAAACUGUAAAACAUAAGAAAAAAAAGACAAUAUAUUUUUGCACAGUCCCGCAUUGCUUGUUGUGACCUGGAUAACUCACACCUUAACACACAGCCUGCACGAUGUUGACUUCCUUUUUUAAAAUGUCACUUAAAUCUAGGUAUCUUACAAUGCUGACGUGCAUUGUCCUGUGUGUACGAUUCUGAAAGAAAAACUGCAUGAUGUCGGUGGAAUUAACUUUUUUUUAUUGAAAUAAUCCAGAUUGUCUCUGUAUAUGUACGUUGUUCAAUGGUGACUAAUAUCUACACUAACUUUUGCAUUUCAGGGUGAAA